GGGCAGGGUGCGCACCGGAGCUUUGUAGUGGGCCGUCGACAGUCGUAGACGAAGAAGUGUUGCGUUCAAUUUGUAGCCACCUCGAGGAGGCGACGGGGCAGAGGAAAUGGGCGCCGCGACGGGCGUAGCUGCCGUGCUAUUGGCGUCGUUGGCGAUCCUCGCGCCGUCCGCUCGGGGGCUCAACCGCGGCGAGUUCCCUCCCGGGUUCCUCUUCGGCGCCGCCACAUCUGCUUACCAGGUUGAGGGCGCGUACCUGGAGGACGGCAAGGGUCUCAACAACUGGGAUGUCUUCACCCACGCGCACUCUGGGGAUAUCGCUGAUGGACGGAACGGCGACGUAGCCGACGAUCACUACCACCGGUACAUGGAAGAUGUAGAGAUCAUGCAUAAUCUGGGCGUCAACUCGUACAGAUUCUCGAUUUCAUGGGCUAGAAUCUUGCCAAGAGGCAAGCUUGGAGGCAUUAAUUCAGCUGGAAUAGCGUUCUACGACCACCUGAUCGAUGCACUCCUGCAGAAAGGGAUAGAGCCAUUUGUGACGCUGCAUCACUUCGAUUUGCCGUACGAGCUAGAGACCCGCUACGGCAGCUGGUUGGGCGCUGGGAUUCGGGAGGAGUUCGAUCACUACGCGGACGUGUGCUUCCAGGCGUUUGGUGAUCGGGUCAAGUUCUGGACGACGUUCAAUGAGCCCAACCUGUUCACCAAGUUCGCCUACAUGCUGGGGGCAUACCCUCCCGAGCGCUGCUCCCCACCGUUCGGGAACUGCCACAGCGGGAACUCCCAACAGGAACCGUAUGUCGCGGCUCACAACAUCCUCAUGUCUCAUGCCGCAGCUGUCGACAACUACAAGAAGAACUAUCAGGCGAAACAACGCGGCUUGAUCGGAAUUGUGAUUUCCAUGAAAUUUUAUGAGCCGCUGACAAAUAACACGGAGGAUAUUGUGGCGGCACAACGUGCAUUGUCUUUUGAGAUACAUUGGUUUUUGGAUCCAAUAUUCUUCGGCGAAUAUCCCAAAGAAAUGCGUGAGAUGUUAUCGUCAAACUUACCGGAGUUCACCCCAGCAGAGAAGAUGUUAUUGCAAAACAGAGUGGAUUUCAUCGGUGUAAACCAUUACACUGCGAUUUACGCUAAGGAUUGCAUCUCCUCCCCGUGCGAACUUAAUACUUACGAGGGAAAUGCACUGGUCUUUGCUACUGGUGAAAAAGAUGGUGUACGAAUUGGAAAACCAACUGCACUCGGUGGUUUCUAUGAUGUUCCAGAAGGCAUGGAGCAGAUCGUCAAGUAUGUCAAUCAGAGAUACGAGAACGUAACUAUCUAUGUUACCGAGAACGGGUACUCUGAGUACAACAAUAACAAUAUGGAAGACAUGACCAAUGACACUGGAAGAGUGAACUACCUUGAGGGCUACCUCUCAUGUAUCUCUUCAGCUAUCAGGGGAGGAGCAAAAGUGCGUGGUUACUUCGUGUGGAGUCUCAUGGACAACUUCGAGUGGCGCUUCGGUUUCACUGUAAGGUUCGGGCUAUACCAUGUGGAUUUUGUAACGCAGCAGAGGACUCCAAAGAAGUCCGCAAAGUGGUACCGAGACUUCCUCACAGGUUCUGGGCCGAUGGGCGAAGUGCAGACUCUAAGAGCAUAUUCCUGAUACUUCUAAUGUUGUGGAUACACGUAUUCAUCAUGUUUCACUUUCGGUAUAGAUAUGAAUUACGACUCCUCAAUAUUCCCAUGGGCUGAUAAUAAAUACUCCCUCUGUUCCGAAUCAGCGACAACUAAUAUGAUACACAUGGAGUAUAAGUUAUGUUAAGUAGAACCCUACUACUGUGAGCUCACCCCAUUGUCAUACUUGCAUAUGGCGGACUGGGUGUACGGAUUUGCAUGACACACAUGAUUUAUCUUUAUGGUUUAUGAACCAUGUACUCCAAGAUCUCAUUGUCUAGAUGUACGAUGUGCA